CUCCCCUCCUCCAACUGCUGCCCGCUAACAAACUGGCAGUGAUCCUUUCAAUCUAACAUCGGACGACACAGGCAUACCAGAAUUUACUCCUCUGUGAAGGAGGAUCACGUUCCUUCAAUAUGGCUGCAGAGGUCACAUCUACAAAACUGAACGCAGAGAGCCAUCUCCUUCUGGACCAACCCCUACUUCGCCUUCCCCAUGAGUUGGCACGCCGAAAUUUCAAGUCUGCUCAGCGAGUAAUCGAACGUGAGAAGGAAUAUGUACUCCCAGCGCUCAAAGAGGCAGCAAAUGCUUCUCUAUCCGGAAGCCAUGGCCCAGACCAGACCCUCGCCUCCCUCGACGCUAUGAUAUCCCGCAUGCAAGGUCUGAAACGGAAGAUGGAGUCCCUACAGGAGGAUGAGAAGAAGAUCCAUAUGCAGUCGCGGAAGCGGAUACAGCACCUGGAAGAUCUUUACAAGAUCCCCAGUCUCGCUGACGUGAAAUAUGACGAGUGGUCGCGGGUGCGGCUGGACAGGCUGUUGGUGGAUCAUAUGCUACGUUCGGGGUACACGGAGAGUGCGAAACAGUUAGCAAAGGAGAAGGGUAUCGAAGAACUGGUCGAUCUGGGCGUCUUCGUCCAAUGUCAGCGCAUUGCGGAGAGCUUGCGGAAGGGAGAGGUUAAGGAAGCGCUCCAGUGGUGUGCGGAGAACAAGGCAGCUUUGAAGAAGAAUCAGCAUAAUCUAGAGUUCGAGCUGAGACUGCAGCAAUACAUCGAGAUCGUGAGGACAGGCCGAAAGGAGAGGUUCCUCGAAGCCAUGCAGCAUGCACGAAAGUAUCUCGCCCCUCAUAUCGAUACCCAAUCCAAACAGAUACAUCAAGCAGCCGGUCUUCUCGCAUUUUCUUCGGGUACCAAUGCAGAACCCUACAAGUCGAUGUACUCGCCAAAUAGAUGGACAUAUCUCUCAGAUCUGUUUAUUCGCACCCACCAUGAGCUGCUAUCGCUACCAUCCCGGCCACUUCUCCAUAUUGCCCUGUCGGCCGGUCUGUCAGCCCUGAAAACGCCUUCGUGUCACUCUGCAUACACCUCUUCGAGUUCCAACGCCCGCUCUACCUCCACUUGUGUAUGUCCGAUCUGUUCGACAGAGCUCAACGAGCUUGCACGUAACAUGCCAUAUGCCCAUCAUACAAAGAGCUACGUCGAGAAUGACCCCGUCGUCUUGCCUAACGGCCGGAUCUACGGACGGGAUCGGUUGAUGGAGAUGAGUCGAAAAGUUAGCUCCGUUGAGGAAGGAAAGGUCAAAGAUCCGGUAACUGGGGAAGUAUUCGACGAGACAGAUCUGAAGAAGGUGUACAUCACUUGAUGAAAUAACGGUAUCCAAAGGACAUGGAUAGGAAAUAGUAAUUAAAUCAUUUGAAGAUUAG